AUGGUCGUUGAAAGUAUGGUUAAAAUCGAGCCCACCAUGAUGAACGGUCAGACGAUGUUCGGCGUGGCGCGGGCACCACUAAAGUCCAGCUUCUCUAUUAACUCGAUCCUGCCCGAAACGAUGAAAUCUUCACCGUCCCCGACGCCUUCGCCCACACUCCAGUCCUGCCCAUCGCCGAUCGGUUCCGAGGAGCAAGACCACGAUCUCACCGAUACGGAAAGUGAUCUGGACGUAACGGGCACACCACCACCGAUGGAUUGCAGCAGUAAGGACAAAUCAGACGAGACCGAGGGUGAUGGGGCGAGCGGUAGCGGGAGUCCCUCCUCAAGCCCCGCCAAGGACGGUGAGAAGAAGGGCAACGAGAAACCGCCGUACAGCUACAAUGCGCUGAUCAUGAUGGCCAUCCGGCAGAGUGCGGAAAAGCGGCUAACGCUCAACGGCAUCUACGAGUACAUCAUGCGCAACUUCCCGUACUACCGCGACAACAAGCAGGGCUGGCAAAACUCGAUCCGGCACAAUCUUAGCCUUAACAAGUGUUUCGUGAAGGUGCCGCGUCAUUACGAUGACCCCGGCAAGGGCAACUACUGGAUGUUGGACCCGUCGGCGGAGGAUGUGUUUAUUGGUGGAUCGACUGGCAAAUUGCGCCGUCGUUCGACAGCCGCCUCCCGCAGUCGAUUGGCCGCCUUCAAGCGUUCGCUCGUGGGUCCUAUGUUUCCCGCGCUCGGUUAUCCCCAGUUCGGACAGUUCCUGUAUCCUUCACACGCGGCACAAGCCCAGACGGCGCUGCUGGCCGCCCAGAUGUAUCGGUACUCACCGUACGCACCUAGCAUGGCACCGAAACCACCGACUCUGCCACUGCCCUUGCCACUCGGGGCCGUCGGUUCCGGGUUCGGUAUGGAUCGGUUACUCGGUGCCGGUGCUGCAGCUGCAGCCGCGGCCGCCCAGAUGCACCCCCAGUCCCCGAUGGCCAACAGCCCGCAAGCUCAACAAGCCGAAAUCUACCAAAGACUUCAGUACCAUCAGCACCUGCUCCAGCAGCAUGCAGCCGCCCAGCAAGCCGCAGCAGCCGCCCAAGCACAUCACCAAGCGGCCGCCGCAGCCCAUCAUCAGCUACAGCAGCAGCAUCAGCAGCACCAGCAGCAACUCAGUCCCACCGCCAGCGAAGGAACACAUCCCGGUUCACCGCACCACCCUCACCAGCACCCGCAGCACUCGCCCCUCGGGUCGUUACCACCCCAGGGUUCACCCACCGGCCACGGGUCACCGACGGGACCCGGACCGAUGAUCUUCAAACCGAUCACGCUUGUAUCCCGCCAGAGCUAG